AAUUAUAUAACUAUACGACAGCUCUCUAGAGAGAUAAAAUUAAGAAAUUUACUUACAAAAAUUAAAAACAACACUCGAUUCUAGAGAGAGAAAGUAUUUUUCAGAGUCACAGUCUCGGCUGGUGCUUGAUUGCAUAGAGGGGUUUUGUUCCCCCACUGAUGUUUCAAAGUCGAGAUUGUGAUACAUAUCGUAAGCACAGAUCUAAUGCCAUCAAUAAAAAUGCAGACCAAAGUAAGCGCAGGUUCUUUAAAAGAAAAAAGUUGUCUGAGUGUGUGCCAAAAGUCUAGUACGAUAUCUAAAAAAUCAGGUCCUCAUGUCACAGUUUCUCGAGAAACAACAGAAUUCGUUGAAUGCUUUCAGAGAUGUGAGGAUGGCUUUGUUCAUACAAGUGUGGAAAUAUGCACCCCAGAUGUUGAAAGUGAUGAGGCCGUUGACCAGCCACGAUUUCCAAGUGAAGGAAAUUUUCAGUUUCAGAAGCAGUCAUUAGUUUUUGUAGAUUCUGGCACUAUGGAAAAAAGGGAUUGCACCAGCACGUGCACAUCAAACUUGGAAACAAUAUUUUCCCCUGCUUUGGAGCCUGUUGAAAUCCACAGCAUACCAAAUAUCAAUGAUGAUGCAGGCAGCAACAAUGACGUGAAUGUGCCGAGGUUGGAAGCUGAUGACAGUGAUGAUAAUAGGAGUUCAUGUGAAUAUCAAACAUGCAAUGUUUCUGAUUUCUUUAUUUCUGACAUGAUAAUUUCUAGUUUACCCUUUGACGGGAGGGAUGAUGAUAUCAUUGAGACCAAUCCGUUUCCUGAUUAUAAAUGUGCUGAAUCAAGUAUGUUCUUUGAUGUGGCUGAGGAAUACAUGAUGUUACCUUUUCUUGAGGACACUGCCAAAAUGAGCAAUACUGAUGAUAUGAAAUCAUGUGAAGAAGGCAUGACAUACCCUGAUAAUACUAGCUUGUACCUUGCGAUUAAUCAAAUAAGAUCAUGCAAUCAGGAAUCUGAUUUCAACACUGACCCAGAUCCAGCAGAAGAAUUUGAUCCUCAGCUUUUCAUUAAAAAUUUACCUGAACUAUCUGAUGUGGAGUCACUUACUGUUGUGGCUACAAAGGAGUCUUGUUCAAGGAAGUCUGUUACUUUAGUGCUUGAUUUGGACGAAACUUUAGUUCACUCUACACUGGAGCAUUGUGAUGAUGCGGACUUCACAUUUACUGUGUUCUUUAACAUGAAAGAACACACUGUCUACGUUAAACAGAGGCCUCACCUGCACAGAUUCUUGGAGAGAGUUGCAGAUAUGUUUGAAGUUGUUAUCUUUACAGCUAGCCAAAGCAUCUAUGCAGCUCAGCUAUUGGACAUACUAGAUCCAGAUAAAAAGCUUAUAUCUCAUCGCGUUUACCGUGAGUCGUGCAUUUUCGCAGAUGGAAGUUACACAAAAGAUUUGACAGUUUUAGGUGUUGAUCUUGCAAAAGUCGCUAUUAUUGAUAAUUCUCCUCAGGUUUUCAGGUUGCAAAUAAAUAAUGGAAUUCCUAUUAAAAGUUGGUUUGAUGACCAAUCUGAUUGUGCUCUAAUUUCAUUGCUUCCGUUCUUAGAGACCCUGGUUGAUGCCGAUGAUGUCCGUCCUAUAAUUGCAAAGAGAUUUGGUAACAAGGAAUAAGAGAUUCUUAUCUUUACUAGCGUGAAUUAGCUCCUUAUUGGUCAAAUUAUGUUUUGUUUUGUUUUUAGCAAAAUUUCUCUAAUUUAGACGGUCCAUUUUUUUUCUCUUUUCACUUUUGAGAUAGUUAACUACACAAUAAGCUAGUGUUUGUCUUGUUUGAGUCGGCUUUCAGGGCUUGUCCUUCUCUUUUCUCCUUUCAGCUGACAACUUCAGGUGGGGGGUGGGGGAUCUCUUUCUAAUUUUUCUGAAAGGUAGAUAUAGAGUAUGUCUGUUUCAUUUUAUGUACAGUUGAGGUUGCUAUGAAAUUCAUACAAGGGUGUAUAUCAAUUAUUGUGAAAUAUACGUUUCGCAAACUUGUAGUGCCUUCUUA